GCGUGCCACCAAUCAGUUUGCAUCGAGCCUUAGUGGGUAUCGGUUUCGAGUUUACCGCGAAAACGUGAUCGUAUCGUGCUGUUAAAGCAAGCGCGCGCACGCCGGAGCUCAAUACGUUUGUAAUCAAUUCGGACACAAUAGUCGCUGGACUGUUUUAUUGUUCACUGGUGAAGGAGUGCAACGUAGAGACAAUUGCGGUAAUAAAUAGUGAGGUUAUCAAAAGUUGCCCACCGGGGGCCUCCAGAUCAUAAUCACAUUGACAAUGAAUUAUUGCAAGCUUCAAUUAACCUUUCGGCUGCUUCUGGCAACACUGAUGGUGUUGCCAGCAGCCCUGGGAGGAUCCCCGUUCAUGCAUUCCCGUCAGUCACCUUUAACACGUACGGUUAGCUCCAAUGUCACCACGCAAUCACCAGUGCUCGCAAAUCCGUACCUUGCCCCAGGAGGAACAGAAGCUCUUGGCAGCAAACAAGUGACGGAUUUCAGUAACAGUCAAGGCAAGAACGUCUUCGAUGCUAUCUACCAAUGGAAAGUCAUCGAUUUCCUGUACCCGAGUUUGAAGGCUCGCAAUGAUGCUAUUCGCACCAAACAAUUUAUCCCUGAAAACAAUCUCCCACUUGGCGUUGACCGUUACCGCGACCGUAUUUUCAUCACAACACCUCGUUGGAACCCUGGUGUGCCGGCCACCCUGUCCUACCUCCCGCUUCCCGUUCAGGAUCCAAGCCUACCACUGAUCCCUUACCCGGACUGGAGCUUCCAUACGUCUCCCCAAAACCCUGACUGCAGUCGUUUGGUUUCCGUUUACCGUAUCUACGUCGACGAAUGUGAGCGCCUUUGGGUACUCGAUGCGGGGGUCAUCGAUACUCUCACCAACCUUCAGCAAAUUUGCCCUCCGAAGAUCUUGGCAUUCAAUCUUCAAACAGACGAACUGCUCUUCAGCUACACCCUUCCAGCGGACCAAGUCAAGCAGGAUUCAUUACACACCAACAUCGUGGUGGAUAUCCGGGAUGCACAGUGUGAAGAUGCAUUCGCCUACGUAGCCGAUGUUUGGCGCUACGGAAUCACCGUGUUCAGUUUGCGCGAGAUGAAGAGCUGGAGGACAACCAACUACCUUUACAAUCCGAACCCUUUCGCCAGUGACUACAACUACAAGGAGCUGAACUUCCAGUGGUCCGACGGAGUUUUCGGAAUGUCGCUUUCGCCCGUUCACCGUGAUGGUGAUCGUAUGCUGUUCUACCAUCCGAUGUCCAGUUACACGGAAUUUCAAGUCCCGACUUCGGUGUUGCAGAACGAAACCAUUUGGCAGAACUUCGGACUGGCGAAGGCAUUCCAACCGGUUGGUAGCCGAGGUAAAGCCGGUCAAUCCUCUACAUCCGGAGUCGCCGACAACAACGUCCAAUUCUACACACUGGUUCAGCAGAGCGGAGUUGGAUGCUGGGAUUUGGCCAAACCGUACAAUCGAAACAAUUUGGGCGUGGUUGAGAAGGACUUGGACAAGCUGACGUUCCCGAACGACUUGAAGAUUGAUCGCGAGCCAAAACAAUCCAUCUGGGUUAUCAGCAAUAAGCUGCCGGUAUUUCUGUACUCACGACUGGACUACACUGAGGUGAACUUCCGGGUGCUGAAUGCUGACGUAGAGGAGGCGAUACAGAAAACGGUCUGUGAUCCUCGGGUGCCUCCAGGUUUAGCCUUCGGCAAGGAACCUGAAUGCGACUUUUAAAUUUAUGUUUUUGUGUGUUUUGUGUUGUGUAAGUCUCAAGAUUAUUGAUUUUGAUUAUUUAAUUUUUGUGUAUGUCUUCUUAUGAUUUUUAAAUUAUGAUGAUAUAAUGCUCGACCAGUAAAAUAAUUGAUUUAUAAGACAA